CAACAUCGGUAGAUCAGUAAACAAAAUGGAUGACUUGCCAGAAGAGAUUGUCGUUAAAAUACUAUCCUGCCUCUCACCGUACAGAGAUUUUUCAGCAGCGCGCCUUGUGUGUCAGAAGUGGCAUCGUGUUAUAAAUACUAUAAUCAAAUCUUUGAAAAGAGAACUGCAAAACGCCGUGCAGAAUGGCGACCUCGCAUACACAAAGCUUGAUUUCGCGGCGGCCCGUCCUGCUAGACUUGUUCGUGGACGAGAAAGAGAACUGGCAAUAUCUACUAGCCGAUCUCAUCGUCGUACAAAUUUCAGUGGCGCAUACGAACCUAGUCCUAGGUUUUCACAUAAUGCUUGUAUUGCUGGAGGCUUUCUUUAUGUUUUUGGAGGUUGUUCGUUGUCUAGUUCAAGCUCGAAUUCUACUUUCAACGACUUGCACCAGUUUGAUUUAGUGAAAAAAUCUUGGCAGCGAAUUACAGUCAAUCGAGGGUAUAUGCCGGCACCACGCGAAUGUGCUUCCAUGGUUGCAUACGACGGGAAACUUGUAAUUUUCGGAGGUUGGUGCUCUCCAAGAUCCACUGAGGUCACAGGUGUCCCAAAAUUUUUUAAUGAUGCUGCUAUAGUUGACAUUGGCCAGCGUAGUUGCCAAGAAAUAAAGGUUCUUGAUAGGCAAGUCCCGGGCACAAGAGCUGGGCAUGGAGCAUGUGUGUUAAAAGACAAGAUGGUAGUUUUUGGAGGAGCGCAGCGAAUUUUGAGGUAUGAUGAUGUGUGGUUCCUUGACAUGAGUUCUUUACUGUGGUAUUGUCCUUCUAUCAAUGGAGAAAAACCAAAUGGCAGAUUUGGACAUUCACAAUUUCCUGCUGGGGAAUCCCAUGUGUUGGUGAUUGGUGGCUGUGGUGGCUCAAACACGCUUUUUGAUGAUGCAUGGCUACUAAAUACACAUUCUUGGCAAUGGACUCAAAUAAAAACUGAAAACAAAAUUUGGCAACCUCCAGACAUUUGGUGUCACCCAUUAGCCAAAAUUGGCGAGAUAAUUGUCACAUUUAGCGACCAAACAGUUUGUAACACUUGCAUUGGUUGGCAUGGGAACCCUCUUCAGAGCAGCCUUUUUGAUGGACCAGUGCCAGUCCCUUCAGUGACCUGUUCGCAAUGCAAAGAGAAUAAAGUAAAGAAACAAAACUAUGAUUCACAUUUCCAGCUUUAUGUUCUGGAUAUUAGCAAUGUCAUUAAAACAGCAACAGCAACUUGGACUUCAAAACCAAGUUUUGUUCCGCAAAGUGUAUCAAGGUCACGGUCACUGUUCACGAUAACUGGUGGAAGAGCGGAACUAUUUAUUUUUGGUGGUGUAUUCAAUAUGGAGAAGCUGAAAAUCAAUAACUGUCCUCCCACCGGUCUAAUCAUGGUUAAAGCCAAAUAAUUAAUCAAUCAAUGAAUAAGAUCUUCUGUAUUUCUAAAUAUUCAUAUUUAAAACUCUCUUUAUUUUGCUAUCUUAUUUGUUACUGAUUUUGCCAAUUAUUUCAUAUUUGAAAUUGUGAGAGUAACGCAUUAUCAUGUUAACAAUGAGACAAUAUUCCCAAAUAUUCUCAAUUGUUCAUCUUUAUGACAUGCAAGAAUGAUUUUGCUAAACACAAUGCUUUGGCUAUCAUUGGAUGAUUCGUAAUUUUCCCCUUGAUUUUCCCGAUCGAAUUUUGUUCACAGUUAAGCAAAAUCGAAACACACCGGUCAGGCAGUUAGCAGUCCCAAAAAUCAGAAGCAAAUGAUCGGUUCUUAUCAUUUUUUCUACCUUUGACUAUCAUGUAGUUAGUCUUGAAUCCAUUGCAUAUAAUACAAACCGCAUUACACUGUUGCUGGGGAACUUCGGACAAAUUUUCUGGAAGUUCACUCCCAAAACGUGGAACAUUCUUCGAUUUCUUCUAAUGGAUUUUUUGUACAAUGAAUAGCUUUUCUAAUUGUUUUAAACAUCAAAUUAGAAUUUCGGGAGAACCUUUGAACGUUCCAUAGAAGCAAUAGCGGCGCCAGCCACAAAGCAAAAAAAUUUUGGCCACGCCCUUUUAACCGCCAGAAAACGCCCUUUCGCCAACAGGGAACGCCAAAUCUGACCAAAGGGAACCCCUAUGACUAACUUUGGCUAGGUAAAGGCAGUUUGAGAAUCCUAUGAUUAUAUC